CAUUGGUUAUGACGAAACUAACUAAUCGGUCCCGCCCAUUCCGAAUUGGCUGAGCACCUAUGAACCUUUUAUCGUUUGUCGUCCUGACUACUGAAACAACUUUCACAACAAUUUAACGAGUUCACGAUAAAAGUCCAAUUGCAUAUUCUCCAAAAAGAUUAUCCCUCUCCUCUUGUCGAAAUUCUUCCCCCGUAACGGUUUAAUAAUGUCCCCCCCAGCUAUUAUCGCCCCUUCGAUCCUCUCGGCGGACUUUGCUUCCCUCGGAGGCGCAUGCUCCAAGACCAUCAACGAUGGCGCUGACUGGCUGCACGUCGACAUCAUGGACGGCCACUUUGUGCCCAAUAUGACCUUUGGCGCGCCGGUCGUGACCAAGAUCCGAUCGCAUGUGGAGCGGCCCUCUGCUCCCGGCGGCCGGGGCACAUUUGACUGCCACAUGAUGAUUGCAGAGCCCAAGAAAUGGGUCAAGGACUUCAAAAAGGCCGGCUGCGAUCUGUACUGCUUCCAUUACGAAGCAGCCAUCAAUUCGACCGCUGCCGAGAACCCCGCCGACCACACCGACGAAAAGACCAGCCCGAAGGCGCUGAUCAAGUAUAUUCAUGACCAGGGCCUGCAGGCCGGCAUUGCGCUCAAGCCGCAGACCAGCGUCGACGUGUUGUGGGACAUUCUUGCGAAUGAGAACAAGGCUGAAGUUCCGGAUAUGGUUCUCAUCAUGACAGUAAACCCAGGCUUCGGCGGCCAGAAAUUCAUGGCCUCGGAGCUUCCCAAGGUCAAGGCCCUGCGGGAGAAAUACCCCGAUCUGAACAUUGAAGUGGACGGUGGUUUGGCCGAGGGCACUAUCGACCAGGCCGCGGUGGCCGGUGCCAACGUGAUUGUCGCCGGCUCAGCGGUCUUCGGCGCCAAGGACCCCUCGGAAGUGAUUGCCAAGCUGCGCGAGGCGGUCGACUCGCGAAGGACAUAAAAACUUUAUAGUCUUGUGGGAGUUUUAGAGAGGGAGUCAAGGGGGCUGCUGUACAGAUCGUAUACGAAUAGACGUUGAGUCGAUGGAAGGGCGGGACGCUUCUGUUUAGAUGUUUGUAUGUCGAGUUUCACAUAGUAGCGAAGAGGAAAGAAAACCGUGUAGAGGGUUGCCUGGGCGCCGUUUUGUAAAUACCAAUUCAGUUUCUUUUAUUCUUGAAAAGAUUAUUCGAAAAGCAUAGCGGUCUGGAGCCCUGCACGUAGAAGGGGC